AUGCAACGUAUAUUAAUAUAUAUGAAAAACGCAAAAUUUGAGUUUAAAUUUCAUUCGAAUAAACAUAGUAAACGUAAAUUACUUCAAUUAUCACCAAUUAGCUCAAAUGAUGUAGAUGAUUUAUUACAUCCACUGCAUACUUCAUCAUUAUCUAAACCACAAGCAACAUUUUUCAAUCGCAUUAUUUGUUCAAAUAAAUCAUCUACUCUCUCUAUCAUAACUCUAGAAAAUAAUUUUACAUUAUCAACUCAAAACAAUUCAACUAUGAGUCAUCCACCGGAAUCAAUUCCAUCCCUUGUUGGUUUACAAAGAUACCCACAUGAUUGGGAAUCGUUGAGAACCAAUAAAAAUGAUACAAAUUUACCUGACUGGACAAAUUUACACUCAACAUCAAAUCGUGAUAAUCAAACGAAUCAAAAAAUCCUCGUGAAGAAUUAUCUGCUGAUCAACGUAGAAAAAUACACAAUAGAUCGUGUACGAUUAAACAACCAAAUCAAAAUGAUCCUUCGAAAACAACAAAUUCCAUUUUGCGUAAUUAAUACAACAACAACCACCACAAACAAAAGAAAAUUAUUCGUGGCUAUUCGUAAUCCAGCAUUGAUUAACAUAUAUGAACCACAAUCUCGUCAUUUAUUUACAAAAACACACUAUGAAGAACUUAAAUUGCAUGGUCAAUUACCACGUGCAAAUCGUCAUUCAAAUUCUCAUCAAAAACAAUCUCAAGCACGUUCAUGA